CUUUAAACGGUCACUAUUUACUUAAGUAAUUAGAUCAAUAAAUUAAAACUCAAAGCAAUCAUUAGAAGUUAAAAUGAAUACUGAACACAAUCGAUCGUUUUGUUUAAAAGAAAUAUUGCUGUAACAUUUCUUUUGGGCUACAGUUUUCAUAUUUAGAGAGAAGCCUACAUUUCAUUCUGAUAUCAAGAUGGAAGACGACUUCUUUUUGACCGGACGAGAGGGAACGCCCUUUAGUAUGGCAUCCCCUAUGGGGAUGGAGGGAGGGCUUAUAAAUGGACACACCGAUACCCAGUAUAACUUUUUAGUACCUUUGGACAAGGCGUACGAAUGCCCCAUCUGUUGGAAUGUGCUUCGUCACCCAGUGCUUUUGGAGAAGUGUGGACAUAGAUGCUGUGCUUCUUGCCUACCGGAAAUUAUGAGAGGCGGAGGUAAAUGUCCUUUGGAUGAAAAGCCCAUAGAUAGAGACAGAGACGUCAUUCCAGACCACGAAUUCCAGAAGGAAAUCGGUCAACUUCAGUUGAAAUGUUCUUAUGUGGAUAAGGGAUGUACUUGGUAUGGGCAGAUGAAAGACAUAAAGGCCCAUUUAGAGGAUUGUAAGUACGUUGUAGUAUCGUGUCCCAAGCGAUGUGGACUGGAGCUGGAAAAAGCAAAGCUAAGGAGGCAUUUACAGGACGAGUGUCCAAAGAGAGAGAUCAGUUGUGAUUUUUGCAGCAUGCCUAUUCCAUUUGAUCAAGAGGAAGCACAUCUACAAGUCUGUGGCAGAUUCCUGAUACCCUGCCCAAAUGACUGUAAGAAAGGAGAAAUUCCAAGAGAGGAGAUGCAAGAUCAUUUGGAAAACAAAUGCCCACAGCAGCAAGUACCUUGUCCAUUCCACGACGCAGGGUGUGACUUCAUGAGUAAGAGAAAACAUUUACACAAGCACAUCAAGGACGACCCGAUCCAGCACUUGGCAAUGGCUUGUGAUAUCAUCAUAAAACAUUCAAAGACUCUAGAGGAAAACGAAAAACGGCUUACAAAACAUACAGAAAAUAUACAGACAAUGGAAAAAAAAGUCAGUACCCUGGAAAAACUGUAUGGCUGUCAGUUGGUGUGGAAGAUAGAGAAAUGGGGAAACAAAAUGGAAGAGGCGAAACUGGGGAGAAGAACGACUAUUUUCAGUCCACCAUUUCUGACUGCUAGGCACGGCUACAAAAUGGCGAUGUCAAUAUGUCCAUAUGGUGAUGGAAGAGCAAGAGGGCGGUUUCUUUCCAUCUUCAUAUGCAUCUGUAAAGGCGAGUACGACGCACUAUUAACUUGGCCAUUCUGUCAUCGUAUUUACUUCACUCUCGUGGAUCAGUGCCAGGAUCCUGCUGCUCGACGUAACGUGACGUAUACCAUCAAACCGAACACCAUCAAAGAUAACAAAGCGUUUCUGGGGCGACCAAUCGGAGAGAGGAACGCCAGCUUUGGCGCGCAGAAGUUUGUAGAACUGGAUGUUUUGAAAGAAAUGGACUACAUUAGAGAUGAUUGUGUGUUUAUAAAAUGCACAAUUGAUAGCGACGAAAUGGUUCUUUUGUAAGCAGGUUACAGAAAGGAAUUUCAAGUUGAGAUGAAAUUUAAAUUUAAUAUUUGUUCUUUGUUUGAACAUUCUACGCAAUGAUCCUUGCUGUGAGAAAUGCCAAUCGAUUUUAUAUUGUAUCAAAUUUGUAAAUGAAGGCUUGCAAAGUCAUCCGAUCUUAAUGUUAAUAUUCGUAUUGAUGGACACAAUUUUAUUAUUUCUUUAGAUUCUCUGAUAUAGUGUUAUAUAGAUAUAGUGUAAGAACU